AUGCACCCCAACGGUACUUGGGUUAGCGAACCCCUUACUGAAGACGACGCCUCGCCGAUUGACAGCCCGAAUACCUACUACCCCGACCAGUACGACUGCCCGCUAGCAUGUGUAGACUACGCAAAUACGCACAGCUGGAUCACGUACUUUUCAAUGGAGCGCAUCCAGCGGUGUAAGGAGGCAAUGCUGCUCGAAUUCUCAAUUUCAACGGCACUUGACGAUCCUCAGACGACACCGCUGAUCCGCAGCUGCACGUUGGGUGGCGGAGACGAUGAAUCCAUGAUCGCAGAAGUCCCUGUCGAAAAUCCAAAGAAGGCAGGAGAUCUUUUUCGAGCGAGCCUCCAGUCUGCGCCAGCAUGCGUUCUGGAUGGCAUAGAGACUUCGCACGACAUGCAGAUGACAACUCGCGGCGACGGGCAGGAACGGUCGGGCGAUAUUGUGGGGUUGCUCAUGGGCAUGGGGAUGUAUUUUGCUGCGCGCGAUAAUUGUGACGAGAAGUUCCUGUUUGCGCGUCACAAGGAUUUGGCUGUCGGCGUUCAUGUAGGAGACGACCUGGCAAAGCUAACGGCGGAGUCCGCCCUUAGCUUGCUGGCAGAUCACGUGCGAUCCAACGGAGCUCGGACGCCGAACCAGAUCGUCGUCGAGCUCUGCGGUGGCGGACGCCAGGCACGAAACGCGUUCGGCCUUAUUAUCGACAGCACGGGUGAUCUUAUUCAGGUCCAGAAAGCAGUAUUAGGGUGGAGCAAUGGAAACUGCACACUACCGGACGGGCAGAGCGUCGUCGGUCAUCUCCCAGAUGUGCGAGUAGUGGAUCUUCAUGGCGUCAACAAUACGAUCAAUGCCAACAGUACCAGCAAUGUCGCCAACAACAACGCUACCCAUGUUCGCAAACGCGCCGUGCCGCAAGCGGGAUCCGAUGGCGUCUGCGCAACACACCUUAUCCAGAAUGGAGAUACUUGCGAUCGAUUGUCCGGACAGUAUGGCGUGACUAUCGGCAACCUUGAGAAGUGGAACAGAGGAAAGACUUGGGCAUGGACUGAGUGCAAGGAUAUGCUGAUCGGCUACAGCAUGUGCGUCAGUGACGGCUUGCCCCCCAUGCCACCGCCACAGCAAGCCCCGAACGAAUUUAUGCGAAUCGGCUACUAUGAAGCAUAUAAUCACAAACGUCCUUGUCUGCGGCUCAACGCUCGACAUGCAAACGUCGGCGAAUCCUACACGCACAUCCACUGGGCGUUUGCCGACAUCAACCCCGAUAACUGGAAGCCCGCUAUUCGAGACGGCUCUGACCACUGGAAAGACUUCAAGGAACUGAGAAAUGUCAAGCGCAUUGUUUCAUUUGGCGGCUGGGCGGCUUCGACAGAACCGGCAACGUACAACAUUAUUCGCGGAGCUAUCAUAGACCACCGGGAUGAGUUCGCUAGGAAUCUGGCCCAAUUCGCCAAAGUGGAAGGCAUUGAUGGCAUAGACAUCGAUUGGGAAUACCCGGGUGCUCCUGAUAUACUAGUCGAUGGCCGACCUAUUGGCCGACCAAGCGAUGGCCUGAACUAUCUCAAGUUCCUUACGGUCUUGAAGAAAGAAUUGGAACCUGGCGUCUCUGUGUCCAUCGCCGCACCGGCCUCGUACUGGUAUCUUAAAGCUUUUCCUAUCGACAGGAUUGCGGUAGUCGUUGACUACAUUGUUUACAUGACGUACGAUCUGCAUGGGCAAUGGGAUGCUGGUAAUCCCAAUGCAUAUGACUCAUGUCCUUCCGGUCGAUGUAUCCGGAGCCAUGGCUACCUCGCUUACGCCGAGAUCACUGAGCUUAUCACCAGCCCUGGUGAGAACUCGUCUCGAACCUUUUUCGAUAAGCAGUCGCGUACUGAUGUCAUGGUGUACAAUGGUGACUACAUCAGUUAUAUGACUCCUGAAACCAAGGACGCCCGACGUGCCGAAUGGAAGUCAUUCAACUUUGCUGGGACUGUUGACUGGGCCGUUGAUCUCCAGGAGUUCACUGCGCAGGAAAUGAGCAUUCUACCUCCACGACCCGAGAGUGGUCAAGGCUGUACCUCCGGGGAAGGUAUCACUUUAGAGUCAGGGGACCUUUGCGACUUCACCUGUCUCUAUGGAUUUUGUCCUGAGCGUGUAUGCAUAUGCUACACAACUGGAAAGCUUCUAGAUCUGCCAACCGAGAAGACUGGACUCAACAUCGUAGCUUGGGACGAGUUCAAUGUGGAACUAAACCGACUUUGCAUGUUUGCUUGCAAAUACAACUAUUGUCCCGAGGAGAUAUGUACCACUCCUAUCGAUGGGCCCGAUGAAAGUGGACCACACGGAUUUGGGGAGGACUUUGGCAACGGCGAAGAUCCCAACUAUUACAACAAAACCGCAGCGAAACUCGCCAAUGAUCAGACAUGCAUCAUAUACAGGGACCCAGCAUACAACGAAGUGAGCAAGACUCAGUGCAAACCCAUUUGUCAGGACGCACUAGAUGAGGCGGCAGAGGAGGGGAGAACAUCUAAUUACGGGUGUAUCGGAUUCUACCCUAUGGAAACCAGUAUUCCUUGGGAGAGAGGACCGGGAGCGGGUAGUCAGUUGAUUGCGCCUGGGAAAUGUUUGUGCGACAACUUCCUCCUCAACGAACUGGCAGACACUGUUCUGGAAGCAAUGCCCUUGAUCGCUCAGAUUAGUUGCUAUGUGCUCAUGUCAAGUAUCAAACUCGUAAUCGACGUCGGAGUUCAAUUCAUACCCGUAGUGGGCAAGAUUCUGGAUAUUGGUCUGGAUAUGGCUACAACAGCCGCACAGAUGGCUGCGUAUCUGUAUCCCGAAGAAGAAGACCCCGAGGGCGCAUUCUCAUGGUGGCUGAGUCCAUGCGGGGGUACGGACCUGGUGCCGCAAGAUAUCAAGAAAGCUUUCGAAAUCUUGAGCACCGUAGCCAACGGUGUAUCGAGCUUCAAGCCGCCAAAGCGCAUGAAACGUCACAGUCGCAAAAAGGGUGACGACGGUAACCCAAUCGAUAGCUCAAGGCCCCGUCGACCAGGUGGAGGUGGCAGCGGUAAUGGCGUUACUAAGCCAGCAAAGAAAUGCAGAGUACCCGCAGGGAAAUCAACACUCCGUCUCGGCGAGGCCUCCAACACACUUCGCAAGCAGUCCUGCGUCAACGGUUUAACAAGAAAAGAGAACAUGGUCAUUACCUCGCUCGCUUUUGCGCCAAAUGCGGUGCCAGUGCAAUUCAAAGCGACUUGUUCGCAAGAGAAUUCACAAGCUUGUUACCAUUACAGCUCAGUCAUUCGAAAUCAUCCGUCAUGGUCGACUCUGACCUGCGAUGAGGAAAACGCUACUAUCAAGCACCGGCUCGACGCGAAAGCCACCGAUGUCUGGACCUACCAGCAUAAUGGUCGGGGAUGGGUAAAGCCGGACGAUUGCGAUCGAGAUGAGUACCCACCCGCCUACCUAUUGCACAGAAACCAUCCCGCCUUUUUGAAAGCCGGCGUCGAUGCUCAAGGCCAAAUGGUACGCGUUUUGCCAGCCGAUGAGAACAGACGCGCUGGCAGGAUGUGGAAGGGUGCAUGCUUCAAGCCUCCGCUUGAAGAUCUGACGAACUCCGACUUCGCGGCAAAAGCCAACGCUGCCCCCAACAAGGUAUACGCGAUGAAGAAGGGGUAUCAGUACACUGAAGUACACGUGACCGUCACUCAGCGCCCUGAGUUUACGAUUGCUGCAUGGGGCCAUGCUGCUGCCCCACCCAACGAAGGUUUGGACCAGAACAGCUGUUGGCCUUCAAACAUUGCAGCUGCUGAUCCUGGCUUUGUACUGUUGACUUAUGAUCCCUGGUACUCGAACAUGGCUCCUCCUUACAAUUACAAGAAACCGUACGUUCAGGGUGCCAACGGAUCUUAG